AUGAUGAUGAAGAAGAAGAAGAAGAAGAAGAAGAAGAAGAAGAAGAAGAAGAAGAAGAAGAAGAAGAAGAAGAAGAAGGUGAUAUACGUACAGUAGUGAGAUACUGAAAUGAUUAAAUCAAAUCACUAAUCCCCCUGUCUCUCAUUAUGGACACUUAGUUUCCUGUCAAAUCAUGACUACUUUCACCUCCCUCGGCUCAUUACGUUAUAAUAAACCUUUUGGGAAAUUCGUUUUAUACAUUUUCCUAGAAGUUUGUGAUGCUGUUUGCAUAUUGCUGACAGCCUAAUGGUAAUGCAUCAUUAUUCACUGUAGGCAAAAUACAAUAGGGACAGAGACGACUAGCAAAGGACUGAAUUAAAAAAUUGAUGAUGUUAACAUUCUACAGUAGUGGGCCUCAGAUGGGGUUGAACAGGAAAACAGACCCUGACAGCUUGGAGAGCUGUUAAUAAGGGUUUUGUCAGAACAUGUUAGUAGUAACUCCUCCUCCCCCAUUUCUUCUUCUUCUUCUUCUUCUUCUUCUUCUUCUUCUUCUUCUUCUUCUUCUUCUUCUUCUUCUUCUUCUUCUUCUUCUUCUUCUUCUUCUUCUUCUUCUUCUUCUUCUUCUUCUUCUUCCCAUCAAGUCAUGUCUGUCAACUCUCUCUCUCUCUCUCUCUUUGCUUGUUACUGUGCAUAACAACCCCAUUAGGGAAAUGACUGUCUUUAUACUUUCUUGCCUCUCAGCUCUCCAAGUCUUUAUAUAGAUCUAGUUUGACUUGACCAAAUCGUUUAAGACUUUAUGACUUUAUAUGAUUUUCAGGAUAUAAGGACUUGCGUCUCUGAUUAUGUCCAUCUGAACUGACCAGAGACCUAAAUAACAGUUAUUUACCAUGAUGCCUACUGAGAAUGUGCCCUCCACAGACAGGCUGCCCAUCUUAAUCUUUGAUUUUUUAUUGGCCAGUCUGAGAUAUGGCUUUUUCUUUGCAACUCUGCCUAGAAGGUCAGCAUCCUGGAGUCGCUGUUGACGUUGAGACUGGUGUUUUGCGGGUACUAUUUCAUGAAGCUGCCAGUUGAGGACCUGUGAGGUGCCUGUUUCUCAAACUAGACACUCUAAUGUAUUUGUCCUCUUGCUCAGUUGUGCACCGGGGCCUCCCACUCCUCUUUCUAUUCUGGUUAGAGCCAGUUUGCGCUGUUCUGUGUAGCGAGUAGUACACAGCGUUGUACGAGAUCUUCAGUUUCUUGGCAAUUUCUCGCAUGGAAUAGCCUUCAUUUCUCAGAACAAGAAUAUACUGACAAGUUUCAGAAGAAAGUUUUUUAUAUUUUUUAAUUAUUAUUAUUUAUAUAUAUAUAUUUAUUUUUUUGGGGGGGGGGGGGUAGAUCAGCUUAAUAUUGCAGAUAGAUUGUAAUUUCCAUCAAUGUAAUUGCCUGCAUCACUUCCAAUCUCCCAUGUUUUUAAAUAUAUAUACAUAUACAUAUACAUAUAUACAUACAGUGGGGAGAACAAGUAUUUGAUACACUGCCGAUUUUGCAGGUUUUCCUACUUACAAAGCAUGUAGAGGUCUGUAAUUUUUAUCAUAGGUACACUUCAACUGUGAGAGAUGGAAUCUAAAACAAAAAUGCAGAAAAUCACAUUGUAUGAUUUUUAAGUAAUUAAUUUGCAUUUUAUUGCGUGACAUAAGUAUUUGAUCACCUACCAACCAGUAAGAAUUCCGGCUCUCACAGACCUGUUAGUUUUUCUUUAAGAAGCCCUCCUGUUCUCCACUCAUUACCUGUAUUAACCGCACCUGUUUGAACUUGUUACCUGUAUAAAAGACACCUGUCCACACACUCAAUCAAACAGACUCCAACCUCUCAAAAAUGGCCAAGGCCAGAGAGCUGUGUAAGGACAUCAGGGAUAAAAUUGUAGACCUGCACAAGGCUGGGAUGGGCUACAGGACAAUAGGCAAGCAGCUUGGUGAGAAGGCAACAACUGUUGGCGCAAUUAUUAGAAAAUGGAAGAAGUUCAAGAUGACGGUCAAUCACCCUCAGUCUGGGGCUCCAUGCAAGAUCUCACCUCGUGGGGCAUCAUUGAUCAUGAGGAAGGUGAGGGAUCAGCCCAGAAUUACACGGCAGGACCUGGUCAAUGACCUGAAGAGAGCUGGGACCACAGUCUCAAAGAAAACCAUUAGUAACACACUACGCCAUCAUGGAUUAAAAUCCUGCAGUUCACACAAGGUCCCCCUGCUCAAGCCAGCGCAUGUCCAGGCCCGUCUGAAGUUUGCCAAUGACCAUCUGGAUGAUCCAGAGGAGGAAUGGGAGAAGGUCAUGUGGUCUGAUGAGACAAAAAUAGAGCUUUUUGGUCUAAACUCCACUCGCCGUGUUUGGAGGUAGAAGAAGGAUGAGUACAACCCCAAGAACACCAUCCCAACCGUGAAGCAUGGAGGUGGAAACAUCAUUCUUUGGGGAUGCUUUUCUGCAAAGGGGACAGGACGACUGCACCGUAUUGAGGGGAGGAUGGAUGGGGCCAUGUAUCGCGAGAUCUUGGCCAACAACCUCCUUCCCUCAGUAAGAGCAUUGAAGAUGGGUCGUGGCUGGGUCUUCCAGCAUGACAACGACCCGAAACACACAGCCAGGGCAACUAAGGAGUGGCUCCGUAAGAAGCAUCUCAAGGUCCUGGAGUGGCCUAGCCAGUCUCCAGACCUGAACCCAAUAGAAAAUCUUUGGAGGGAGCUGAAAGUCUGUAUUGCCCAGCGACAGCCCCGAAUCCUGAAGGAUCUGGAGAAGGUCUGUAUGGAGGAGUGGGCCAAAAUCCCUGCUGCAGUGUGUGCAAACCUGGUCAAGACCUACAGGAAACGUAUGAUCUCUGUAAUUGCAUACAAAGGUUUCUGUACAAAAUAUUAAGUUCUGCUUUUCGGAUGUAUCAAAUACUUAUGUCAUGCAAUAAAAUGCAAAUUAAUUACUUAAAAAUCAUACAAUGUGAUUUUCUGGAUUUUUGUUUUAGAUUCCGUCUCUCACAGUUGAAGUGUACCUAUGAUAAAAAUUACAGACCUGCAAAAUCGGCAGUGUAUCAAAUACUUGUUCUCCCCACUGUAUAUACAUAUAAAUACAUAUAAACAUACAUAUGUACAUACAGUGGGGGAAAAAAGUAUUUAGUCAGCCACCAAUUGUGCAAGUUCUCCCAUUUAAAAUGAUGAGAGAGGCCUGUAAUUUUCAUCAUAGGUACACGUCAACCAUGACAGACAAAUUGAGAAAAAAAAUCCAGAAUGUCACAUUGUAGGAUUUUUAAUGAAUUUAUUUGCAAAUUAUGGUGGAAAAUAAGUAUUUGGUCACCUACAAACAAGCAAGAUUUCUGGCUCUCACAGACCUGUAACUUCUUCUUUAAGAGGCUCCUCUGUCCUCCACUCAUUACCUGUAUUGAUGGCACCUGUUUGAAGUUGUUAUCAGUAUAAAAGACACCUGUCCACAACCUCAAACAGUCACACUCCAAACUCCACUAUGGCCAAGACCAAAGAGCUGUCAAAGGACACCAGAAACAAAAUUGUAGACCUGCACCAGGCUGGGAAGACUGAAUCUGCAAUAGGUAAGCAGCUUGGUUUGAAGAAAUCAACUGUGGGUGCAAGUAUUAGGAAAUGGAAGACAUACAAGACCACUGAUAAUCUCCCUCGAUCUGGGGCUCCACGCAAGAUCUCACCCUGUGGGGUCAAAAUUAUCACAAGAACGGUGAGCAAAAAUCCCAGAACCACACGGGGGGACCUAGUGAAUGACCUGCAGAGAGCUGGGACCAAAGUAACACACUACGCCGCCAGGGACUCAAAUCCUGCAGUGCCAGACGUGUCCCCCUGCUUAAGCCAGUACAUGUCCAGGCCCGUCUGAAGUUUGCUAGAGUGCAUUUGGAUGAUCCAGAAGAGGAUUGGGAGAAUGUCAUAUGGUCAGAUGAAACCAAAAUAUAACUUUUUGGUAAAAACUCAACUCGUCGUGUUUGGAGGACAAAGAAUGCUGAGUUGCAUCCAAAGAACACCAUACCCACUGUGAAGCAUGGGGGUGGAAACAUCAUGCUUUGGGGCAGUUUUUCUGCAAAGGGACCAGGACGACUGAUCCGUGUAAAGGAAAGAAUGAAUGGGGCCAUGUAUCGUGAGAUUUUGAGUGAAAACCUCCUUCCAUCAGCAAGGGCAUUGAAAAUGAAACAUGGCUGGGUCUUUCAGCAUGACAAUGAUCCCAAACACACCGCCCGGGCAACGAAGGAGUGGCUUCGUAAGAAGCAUUUCAAGGUCCUGGAGUGGCCUAGCCAGUCUCCAGAUCUCAACCCCAUAGAAAAUAUUUGGAGGGAGUUGAAAGUCCGUGUUGCCCAGCGACAGCCCCAAAACAUCACUGCUGUAGAGGAGCUCUGCAUGGAGGAAUGGGCCAAAAUACCAGCAACAGUGUGUGAAAACCUUGUGAAGACUUACAGAAAACAUUUGACCUGUGUCAUUGCCAACAAAGGGUAUAUAACAAAGUAUUGAGAAACUUUUGUUAUUGACCAAAUACUUAUUUUCCACCAUAAUUUGCAAAUAAAUUCAUUAAAAGUCCUACAAUGUGAUUUUCUGGAAUUUCUUUCCUCAUUUUGUCUGUCAUAGUUGACGUGUACCUAUGAUGAAAAUUACAGGCCUCUCUCAUCUUUUUAAGUGGGAGAACUUGCACAAUUGGUGGCUGACUAAAUACUUUUUUUCCCCACUGUAUAUAUAUAUAUAUACAGUGGGGGAAAAAAGUAUUUAGUCAGCCACCAAUUGUGCAAGUUCUCCCACUUAAAAAGAUGAGAGAGGCCUGUAAUUUUCAUCAUAGGUACACGUCAACUAUGACAGACAAAAUGAGGAAAGAAAUUCCAGAAAAUCACAUUGUAGGAUUUUUUAUGAAUUUAUUUGCAAAUCAUGGUGGAAAAUAAGUAUUUGGUCAAUAACAAAAGUUUCUCAAUACUUUGUUAUAUACCCUUUGUUGGCAAUGACACAGGUCAAACGUUUUCUGUAAGUCUUCACAAGGUUUUCACACACUGUUGCUGGUAUUUUGGCCCAUUCCUCCAUGCAGAUCUCCUCUAGAGCAGUGAUGUUUUGGGGCUGUCGCUGGGCAACACGGACUUUCAACUCCCUCCAAAGAUUUUCUAUGGGGUUGAGAUCUGGAGACUGGAUAGGCCAUUCCAGGACCUUGAAAUGCUUCUUACGAAGCCACUCCUUCGUUGCCCGGGCGGUGUGUUUGGGAUCAUUGUCAUGCUGAAAGACCCAGCCACGUUUCAUCUUCAAUGCCCUUGCUGAUGGAAGGAGGUUUUCACUCAAAAUCACAUGAUACAUGGCCCCAUUCAUUCUUUCCUUUACACGGAUCAGUCGUCCUGGUCCCUUUGCAGAAAAACAGCCCCAAAGCAUGAUGUUUCCACCCCCAUGCUUCACAGUAGGUAUGGUGUUCUUUGGAUGCAACUCAGCAUUCUUUGUCCUCCAAACACGACAAGUUCUAUUUUGGUUUCAUCUGACCAUAUGACAUAUGACAUUCUCCCAAUCCUCUUCUGGAUCAUCCAAAUGCACUCUAGCAAACUUCAGACGGGCCUGGACAUGUACUGGCUUAAGCAGGGGGUCACGUCUGCACUGCAGGAUUUGAGUCUCUGGCGGCGUAGUGUGUUACUGAUGGUAGGCUUUGUUACUUUGGUCUCAGCUCUCUGCAGGUCAUUCACUAGGUCCCCCCGUGUGGUUCUGGGAUUUUUGCUCACCGUUCUUGGGAUCAUUUUGACCCCACGGGGUGAGAUCUUGCGUGGAGCCCCAGAUCGAGGGAGAUUAUAAGUGGUCUUGUAUGUCUUCCAUUUCCUAAUAAUUGCUCCCACAGUUGAUUUCUUCAAACCAAGCUGCUUACCUAUUGCAGAUUCAGUCUUCCCAGCCUGGUGCAGGUCUACAAUUUUGUUUCUGGUGUCCUUUGACAGCUCUUUGGUCUUGGCCAUAGUGGAGUUUGGAGUGUGACUGUUUGAGGUUGUGGACAGGUGUCUUUUAUACUGAUAACAAGUUCAAACAGGUGCCAUUAAUACAGGUAACGAGUGGAGGACAGAGAAAACUCUUAAAGAAGAAGUUACAGGUCUGUGAGAGCCAGAAAUCUUGCUUGUUUGUAGGUGACCAAAUACUUAUUUUCCACCAUAAUUUGCAAAUAAAUUCAUUAAAAAUCCUACAAUGUGAUUUUCUGGAUUUUUUUCCCUCAAUUUGUCUGUCAUAGUUGACGUGUACCUAUGAUGAAAAUGACAGGCCUCUCUCAUCUUUUUAAGUGGGAGAACUUGCACAAUUGGUGGCUGACUAAAUACAUUUUUUCCCCACUGUAUAUAUAUAUAUAUAUAUAUAUAUAUAUAUAUAUAUAUACAUACAUACACACACACACACACACACACAUAUAUAUAUACAUACACAUUACAUUUACGUCAUUUAGCAGACGCUCUUAUCCAGAGCGACUUACAAAUUGGUGCAUUCACCUUAUAACCAGUGGGAUAACCACUUUACAAUAUGUUUAUUAUUAUUUUUAUUUUUUAUUUUUUUCAUGGGGUGGGGUAAGGGGGGGUAGAAGGAUUACUUUAUCCAAUCCCAGGUAUUCCUUAAAGAGUUGGGGUUUCAAGUGUCUCUGGAAGGUGGUGAGUGACUCCGCUGUCCUGGCGUCGUGAGGGAGCUUGUUCCACCAUUGGGGUGCCAGAGAAGCGAAAAGUUUUGACUGGGCUGAGCGGGAACUGUGCUUCCGCAGAGCUAGGGGGGCCAGCAGGCCAGAGGUGGAUGAACGCAAUGCCCUCGUUUGGGUGUAGGGACUGAUGAGAGCCUGAAGAUACGGAGGUGCCGUUCCUCUCACAGCUCUGUAGGCAAGCACCAUGGUCUUGUAGCAGAUGCGAGCUUCAACUGGAAGCCAGUGGAGUGUGCGGAGGAGCGGGGUGACGUGUGAGAACUUGGGAAGGUUGAACACCAGACGGGCUGCGGCAUUCUGGAUGAGUUGUAGGGGUUUAAUGGCACAGGCAGGGAGCCCAACCAUCAGCGAGUUGCAGUAAUCCAGACGGGAGAUGACAAGUGCCUGGAUUAGGACCUGUGCCGCUUCCUGUGUAAGACAGGGUCGUACUCUCCCAAUGUUGUAGAGCAUGAACCUACAGGAUCGGGUCACCGCCUUGAUGUUAGCGGAGAACGACAGGGUGUUGUCCAGGGUCACACCAAGGCUCUUUGCACUCUGGGAGGAGGACACAACGGAAUUGUCAACCGUGAUGGCGAGAUCAUGGAAUGGGCAGUCCUUCCCCGGGAGGAAGAGCAGCUCCGUCUUGCCGAGGUUCAGCUUGUGGUGGUGAUCCGUCAUCCACACUGAUAUGUCUGCAAGACAUGCAGAGAUGCGAUUCGCCACCUGGUUAUCAGAAGGGGGAAAAGAGAAGAUUAGUUGUGUGUCGUCUGCGUAGCAAUGAUAGGAGUGGCCAUGUGAGGAUAUGACAGAGCCAAGUGACUUGGUGUAUAGCGAGAAUAGGAGAGGGCCUAGAACUGAGCCCCGGGGGACACCAGUGGUGAGAGCACGUGGUGCGGAGACAGAUUCUCACCACGCCACUUGGUAGGAGCGACCGGUCAGGUAGGACGCAAUCCAAGAGUGAGCCGCGCCGGAGAUGCCCAACUCGGAGAGGGUGGAGAGGAGGAUCUGAUGGUUCACAGUAUCAAAGGCAGCAGACAGGUCUAGAAGGACAAGAGCAGAGGAGAGAGAGUUAGCUUUAGCAGUGCGGAGAGCCUCUGUGACACAGAGAAGAGCAGUCUCAGUUGAAUGACCAGUCUUGAAACCUGACUGGUUUGGAUCAAGAAGGUCAUUCUGAGAGAGAUAGCAAGAGAGUUGGCUAAAGACGGCACGCUCAAGAGUUUUGGAGAGAAAAGAAAGAAGGGAUACUGGUCUGUAGUUGUUGACAUCGGAGGGAUCGAGUGUAGGUUAUUUGAGAAGGGGUGCAACUCUCGCUCUCUUGAAGACGGAAGGGACAUAGCCAGCGGUCAAGGAUGAGUUGAUGAGCGAGGUGAGGUAAGGGAGAAGGUCACCGGAGACGGUCUGGAGAAGAGAGGAGGGGAUAGGGUCAAACGGGCAGGUUGUUGGGUGGCCGGCCGUCACAAGUUGCAAGAUUUCAUCUGGAGAGAGAGGGGAGAAAGAAGUCAAAGCAUAGGGUAGGGCAGUGUUAUUUGACUUAACAAAAGAGGAUCGGAUGUAGUCAAGCUUCUUUUCAAAAUGGUUGACGAAGUCAUCCACAGAGAGGGAGGAAGGGGGGGGGGACUCAGCAGGGAGGAGAAGGUGGCAAAGAGCUUCCUAGGGUUAGAGGCAGAUGCUUGGAAUUUAGAGUGGUAGAAAGUGGCUUUAGCAGCAGAAACAGAGGAAGAAAAUGUAGAGAGGAGGGAGUGAAAAGAUGCCAGGUCCGCAGGGAGUCUAGUUUUCCUCCAUUUCCGCUCGGCUGCCCGGAACCCUGUUCUGUGAGCUCGCAAUGAGUCGUCAAGCCACGGAGCAGGAGGGGAGGACCGAGCCGGCCGGGAGGAUAGGGGACAUAGAGAGUCAAAGGAUGUAGAAAGGGAGGAGAGGAGAGUUGAGGAGGCAGAAUCAGGAGAUUGGAGGGAGAAGGAUUGAGCAGAGGGAAGAGAUGAUAGGAUGGAAGAGGAGAGAGUAGCGGGAGAGAGAGAGCGAAGGUAGGGGGCAGAGUGGGUAGUGUUGGAGGAGAGCGAGAGAGAAAAGGAUACAAAGUAGUGGUCGGAGACAUGGAGGGGAGUUGCAGUGAGAUUAGUAGAAGAACAGCAUCUAGUAAAGAUGAGGUCAAGCGUAUUGCCUGCCUUGUGAGUAGGGGGGGACGGUGAGAGGGUGAGGUCAAAAGAGGAGAGGAGUGGAAAAAAGGAGGCAGAGAGAAAUGAGUCAAAGGUAGACGUAGGGAGGUUAAAGUCACCCAGAACUGUGAGUGGUGAGCCAUCCUCAGCAAAGGAAAUUAUCAAGGCGUCAAGCUCAUUGAUGAACUCUCCAAGGGAACCUGGAGGGCGAUAAAUGACAAGGAUGUUAAGCUUGAAUGGGCUAGUGACUGUGACAGCAUGGAAUUCAAAUGAGGAGAUAGACAGAUGGGUCAGGGGAAAAAGAGAGAAUGUCCACUUGGGAGAGAUGAGGAUUCCUGUGCCACCACCCCGCUGACCAGAUGCUCUCGGGGUAUACGAGAACACAUGGUCAGAUGACCACAUAUACACACAUACACACACACACACACACACACACACACAUACAUACAUACAUACAUGCAUAUCCUUUUAUUCCCCUUCAUUACUUUAUUACUUUCCAACCCUGCCACCCUUUCCCCACUUGGAGUAAACUAGUGAACAACAACGCCUAGGCCUCUACUUCCAGCCCAUACCCACUAUCUACAAUUUAUGGACACAGUCAAUUUUACAGUAAUUACAUUUUGUUUGUUCUUUCUCCUGAACUUCUUCUGCUCUCAACCUCUCCGUUCAUUUUCAUGAUGUCCAUCCGGUUUGCUUCUAUAUGCCAUAUCUUUCUAACUCCUUCACAAAAGCUCCCAACAUACAACCCAUACACUUAUUAUGGACACAGCGUGCCUACAUUAUUAGUUAUCUUGUUAUUGUUUGAUGUUAGUUGUUAUUAGUCCCAUCCUUCAAUUCCAUUCAACACCUCCCAUCUAUCUUUUAACACCAUCCAUAUAGGAUUUCUAUUUGCCAUAUAUUUUUCAACUGUUCUGUGAUGUCUUACAAAAGCUCUGAACCUUUCUAUUCUCAUUGUUUCUACAGAUUGUGAAUUGAAAAUAAAAUGUUUUGCUAAUAGUAUUAUUAUGUUAUUGAUCGAUUGACUAUGACUUUUCAGAUCACCCUGUAGUGCUAUCUGCAGGGUUAGCUCCCGGUAAAUAUUGCAAUCCUUCAGCCAUUCCUGGACCUGUGUCCAAAAACAAGCUACAAAUGGACAGUACCAAAACAAAUGAUCUAAUGAUUCUGUCUCUUCGCAGCAAAAUCUGCAGAGCUGGGAAGAUUGUAUCCCCCAUAUAACUAACAUUCUAUUGGUAGCAAGAAUUUUAUAUAAUAAUUUAAAUUGAAAGAUUCUAAGUUUUGAAUCCGGUGUCGUUUUGCGUAUCAGUUCAUAAACACUAUGCCAUGGGAUCGGUACGUCAAAAAUCUCUUCCCAACUAUUUUGCAAUCUAUAUGGGACGGCCGUCUAUCCUUUGGUCCUUAAAUGAAACUGAUAUACCUUUUUAUUUAUCACAGUUUUCCUUAACCAAUUAUGUUCUUUAAUGCAAGGCCGACAGACAAGUUCCUUACUUUCUCCUCCUUCCACUUUCCUCUUCCAUUUUUGCGGUAAGGCUGCAAUUAUUUGGUUGUAAUUUUGGGUAGAGCAGACAUUUCCAUAUGUUUUUGUUAGCUGCAUGUGCGACAUAACUCCACCAGUCCUACAGAUGAUAUCAUUUACAAAAAAGGUUUUUUGUCAAUUAGUAUAUUUGAGUUUAACCACAAUAUUUGUUGCAUUAUUUGUUCUGUCGUUUCUGGAGGAUUAAAUUGAAAUUGCAACCAACUUUCUAUGGCUUGUUUUAGAAAUAGUGAUAUCUGGGAGAUUAUUUCCUUUUCAAAUAACUGAAAGUGAGUGGUUGUAAUCUGAAUAAAGGAAAAAAGGCCUUUCUUGAACAUUGGGUGAGACAAUCUUACUAAUUUGCAAGAGAACCAGUUCGGAUUUAAGUAUAACUUUUGUAUGACUGAAGCUUUUAGUGAUAGGUCUAAUGCUUUAAUAUUUAAUAAUUUCUGUCCUCCGAAUUCAAAUUCAUUAUAUAAAUAGGCCCGUUUAAUUUUGUCUGGCCAUUUUGAGACAGUAAUCGAACCCACAAUUGCUGAUGCUCCAGAUACUCAACUAGUCUCAAGAAGGCCAGUUUUAUUGCUUCUUUAAUCAGCACAACAGUUUUUCAGCUGUGCUAACAUAAUUGCAAAAGGGUUUUCUAAUGAUCAAUUAGCCUUUUAAAAUUAUAAACUUGGAUUAGCAAACACAACGUGCCAUUGGAACACAGGACUGAUGGUUGCUGAUAUUGGGCCUCUGUACGCCUAUGUAGAUAUUCCAUAAAAAAAUCAGCCAUUUCCAGCUACAAUAGCCAUUUACAACAUUAACAAUGUCUACACUGUAUUUCUGAAAAAUGUUAUGUCAUUUUAAUGGACGAAAAAAGUGCUUUUCUUUCGAAAACAAGGACAUUUCUGAGUGACCCCAAUGGUAGUGUAUGUGCCAUCUGUUCCCCAUUGUCCUUGCCGAUUAUUGUCCCAUGUCCGUUGGUCUCGUGAGUACCGUGUUAUUGUGCUCUUGUUGUUUACGGGUCUCGUCCUGUGUAUUGUGUAGAGGUUACACCUCAGUCUUUGUUUGGGUUACAUCCCUUUUGUACAUAUAUAUAUAUAUAUAUAUAUAUAUAUAUAUAUAUAUAUAUACAUGUUUGUGUUGGGUGGAGUAUAUUAAAACCCUAAUACAUAUUCCUGCACCUGUCUUCAAGUCAUUAUACAACGUGACAAGUAUAGCCAGUACAGCUUAGUGAAUUUAGAGCACACAUGUUCAUGUUCCUAGGAAUUAAAAGUCAUAAAAGUCUUAAAACGUGGUAGGGGUUCAGUUCAGCCAAGCAAGGCUAGCCCUCCAGAUGUCUGGUCAUGCAUGUAGUUGGACUGACUUGUUGCCUAACUGGGCUUGGAAACCAGACCGGCUGCUGCUCUGCUGCCAUGAAUGUGAAUCCAUUUCUCCUAUGCUGCUGGGAGACGGGAAACAUAUGAAAUAUAUAAAAAUCUACCUUUAUAUUUGAGAAGUUUCCUCGCUUGAGCAGGAAAGGCGUUUGGGACGGUUUGGUCUGUGCUCCUCUCCCAGGUGAGAGCUGGGGCAGAGAGCGGAGUGAUGGCUUCUGGGUAAUUGCGGUUGUCUCCUGGACAGAUGGGGAGGAUUAUUUAUUUAAGCCGAGCCGCUGGGACGUAACGGUAACUUUGUAGGAGAGAGCGAGAGCUGUGACAUAAGAGUACAUUUGUAGGAGAGCGCAAGAGAGAGAGUUGUGAUAUAAAAAUUACUUUGUAGGAGAGAGAGAAAGCACAGAGGUGAGAGAGAGAGAGAGAGAGAGAGGUGGAACAGAGAGGUGGAGAGAGUGAGCGGGGGAGAGCGAGAGAGAGAGGUGGAACAGAGGGGUGGAGAGAUAGAGAGAGAUAGAACAGUGAAGUGAGAGAGAGGGGGAGAAAGAGAGAGAGGUGGAACAGAGAGGUGAAGAGAAAGAGAGAGGUGGAACAGUGAGAUGAGAGAGAGAGGGGGAGAGCGAGAGAGAAAAGAGAGAGAGAGAGAGAGAGAGAGAGAGAGAGAGAGAGAGAGAGAGAGAGAGAGAGAGAGAGAGAGAGAUCCAUAAGUAAAAUCCUCUGCAUUAACAGCAGACUUGUACAUUUCCUCAGUGUAAACAAUGUACUGAGCAAAUGUCAAAUUUGAGAGAAUAUCUAGGCAUUACUGGAACCAUGUCGUCCAAAAAGUUAUACUUUUGAAUCAUCUGUCCAUAGAACGUUCUUCCAAGAGUCUUGAUCAUCAUCCACGUGCUUUUUGGCAAACUAGAGUCAACUUUUUGGACGAGAUGGGUCCCAUUAUGCCUGGCGAAAACCAAACACUGCAUUCCACAGUAAGAACAUCAUACCAAAUGUCAAGCAUGGUGGUGGUGGUGUGAUGGUUUGUGGAUGCUUUGCUGCCUCAGGACCUGGACGACUUGCCUUAAUAGAAGGAACCAUGAAUUCUGCUUUGUAUCAGAGAAUUCUACAGGAGAAUGUCAGACCAUCCGUCUGUGAGCUGAAGCUGAAGCGCAGCUGGGUCAUGCAGCAAGACAUUGUCCAAAACACACAAUCAAGUCUACAUGAAAAUUGCUAAAAAGCAACAAAUUGGAAGUUUUGGAAUGGCCUAGUCAAAGUCCAGACCUAAUCCCAAUUGAGAUAUUGUGGCAGGACUUGAAACGAGCAGUUCAUGCUUGAAAACCCACACGGAACUGAGUUAAAGCAGUUCUGCAUGGAAGAGUGGGCCAAAAUUUCUCCACAGCGACGUGAGAGACUGAUCAACAACUACAGGAAGCAUUUGGUUGGAGUCAUUGCAGCUAAAGGUGGCACAACCAGUUAUUGAGUGUAAGGGGGCAAUUACUUUUUCACACAGGGGAAUUGGGUGUUGCAUAACUUUGUUUAUGAAAUAAAUGAAAUAAAUAUGUAAUUGUUGUGUUAUUUGUUCACUUAUGUUCCCUUUAUCUAAUAUUAGGUUUUGGUUGAAGAUUUGAUAACAUUCAGUAUCACAAAUAUGCAAAAGUAGAGAAAAUUAGAAAGGGGGCCAAUACUUUUUCAUAGCAUUGUAUGUUGACUGACUACAUCUUGAUACUUUUAUAAAUACAUGUUGUGUUAAUGUUGGCAUGUUUACCCCAACGUACUGUAGAUCGCAAGCCCAUAAUAAGUCAAUAGGGCUAACUGGCUAGCUGCUACUGUUAGCUAGCCUGAUAGCCACAAAUAAUUGUUAGCUACUGGAACUAACCACGAAGAAUUGACAUCUAUCUUGCACAAUAUUUGUUUUAGGUAAUUUUGCCUGUUAAACUAUCUGGUUAUCUCAUUAUUACAAUUCACAUGGCUGAUAGUUAUGGAGUAAAAUGGUUGCUUUGUGUAUAUCUUGAUUCUUCUCUAUUGCCAUUGUCCUGGCUGGAAUAAGGUUCAGUGAAUGGGGAGGUGAAGCGUGAGGUAAUACAGCAGGGGGAGUGAGAGUAAUUACUCAUGAUUAGUCUAAACUCUGUUCAACUCUGGCGCCGCUCUUUCCACUUUGUUUGAGGAGAGAGGCAAAAGGCCACAGUCUGGUGUCAGUCUCUGAUAAGGUAGGACAGCCAUGGAUUAGGUAAGAGCGAGCAAUUCGACCCUAGGUCAGAUCCCCACUUCUCACACACACAGUGAAAUGAACCAAUUAAGUUAUUGCCUAGCAACAGAGAAUUCUAACUAUAUGUUCGUGAUUAACUCUGUUUUAUCUCAUAGUCCACAAAAAAAUUCCCAUCAUAUUCCCCCCAAUGGGACUAUCAUUAGUCCCAAAUCCUUACAAAAGUAUAUAAUGAUUAAUAUAGUAACUAACUUAAGAACAAUUAUGUUUAUGCUAUCAAGGACAAUCUUUGCAUUUAAGGUUAUACUCACAAUAAACAAUAUCAGCAUUUCUACUCAAACCAAUUCCAAUAUAAGUCUUAGUAUCCUAACACAUUAAAAUACAUAAAAUACAUGCAACAUUGUUUUAAUCAUGAUCUCUAUUUAAGACAGUUAUUUUGAUAUCAUUUAGAGUCAUUAUCAUCACUAAAGUAAUGUGGAACAGGAUAUCAGUCUGGGAGAUUAAUAUCUCCAAGUCCAGUGUGCUUCAGCUGUUGCUUGUCCUUGUAGUCAUGACAAGCCCAUCCUCCUCCUGCCACUACCCAGACUGACAUUCUAGGUUGCCAUAAGGGCAGUUAAGUGGUCCUCAUUGUUGUGAGGGCCAAGCAGGGCUUUCUUCCGAUAAUGACCAUCUGCUUCUGGGCCUCUACUCCGGGCCGGCGUUGUUCCCUUUCGCUCAGGACUCCUUCUACGAUGAUCAGCUACUUCUGGGCCACUACUCCGGGCCGGCGUUGGGUCCCUUUGGCUCGGGACCCUCUUCCGUCACUAGGGUCUCGGCACCCUCAGCUUCCUCAUCUCUCGGUCGUCGGUUUCCAUGCGGUACUCUGGUGCAGUGGUUUAGAUGAUACCAGGUCGAGCUCCCCUCGACCCUUACAGGAGUUGGUGUAGCCUGGAUGAAGGUGUAGGGUCCCUCAUGUCUCUGUUCGUUCCACUUCCUUCUGAAGACCCUGACGUAGACCUUCUCCCCCCGGGACCACUGGUCGUAGUGGAUUCGCCUCUGGUUUCAGAACUCUGCUUCUCUCCUGUUGGUAUAUAACUUCAUGAAUGACAGUUAGUUGCCUGAUAUACCCUUCUAAUUCCCUUUCCAUUUGCUCUAGAGGCGGACCCUCAUAUGGUCCCCUAAGCACCGGCACUGGCAUGGUCAACCCAUAAGCAUGUCACGCGGUGUUAGAUGCGUUAUUCUGUUAGCUUGCAUGCAAUAACUCAUUAGUGCCAGAAGUAAGGCCCCAAAAUACAAAGCAACAAUGUCUGUUACAUCAAAAUAACAAAUCAAAUUAGAAUGAUAACCCUUGAUAAUACCUUAACUUAAUUGUAUCCCAUAAAGUAAUUCAAGGAAUAGUAAAAUUGACUAGCGACAAGUGUCCCUCAUUCAGGGCUAGUUUUCUUUCUCUGUCCUUGUCAUGGUAUGAAUCAUACAUAAGCCUAAUGCUAAGUUAUAAACUUCUUCCGAAUUAUUAGUGUUUACAUACUACAUAGAAAUCUCACACAACGUCUUUAGCUUUCGAGCGAGGGUGAUCAAGCCUUGCCAGAAAGUCAGAAUAAAGGUCAGAGGUCAUUCAACCCCAUUUGAGUGAGUGUCUCUUUCCAUUUCCUUCCACUUUACCUCAGAUAUUAUUUAACGAUAUUUUAAACAUUUCAAACAUUUUGUGUACCAGGUUUACAUUGGGUUUUUUUCAGUACAUUUCUAAUCAGGAGAAUUUACAUGUGUGUAAUUAGAACUCUGGUAAUAUAAACUUCAAAAAAUGUACUUUAUGUGCCCUUUAAGGCAUAUUAUUUCUAACCUGUGAAAAAUCCACUAAACCAAAAAUAAAACCCUACACAACUACCAAAUAUUAAUAAUAGGUGGGUCGUGUGUGCUGGUGAAACGUAGGGCAAAAACAAAACAAAUGGCCUUAUUUAAUUUGGUAGCGCCCUCUUACGGCCUAAUUACAAAAUGGCUGAGUUUUACUAACUGCUCUCCUCAGCUCACAGUCUCAGGAAACAUUCCAAAGAGAGAUAUUGAAACUCCCAUUCCCCUGGAAAAUAAAGUAUACAUUUCGUUAAUGUUAUGAUGAGUUUCAAGGGUAUCAAGUACUUAAGAAUGUAACGAUAUACUUAGACACUUUUGAUGGGGAGUUCAUAUAAGUAUUUAAUAUGGUACUGUGUUUAGGUAUAACAGAAGAAGGACAUCUUCCUAACUGACUUGAAAUACUCUUCACUUACAUUACUCUCUGCUACACGUUUCUUCACGAUCAUCUGGUACCCAUCAUGGACACUCCCUUCUCUUGAUGUUAUUACCCUUUACCCCAAGUCACUAUAUCCUGUCCAUCAAUUAUUCGAAGAUCAACCUCAGUAAUCUCCUUUGACAUAACGGAAUGUAGACUCUUGUGGCACCAAGCCACUUAUCUACUAACUCUAACCUGGUCCACACGAUACUGUGACAUGACAUCAUAACACCAUAAAAACCUCAUAUCAGUUAACAUUCACUAUAUUACAUCUUUAAUCAGCCACCCAAACGUUUGAACUAUAAACAAAACAUGAAAAUAAUUCCACUGUGCUCCAUCAACUCAGUAAUCGUUUGUUUCAAUCUAAUUCCUAUAUAAAUCGCUGUCCUUUGUAAGUAAAUGCAAACAAGUGUCUACUUUCUUAUGCUAAAGGUACACUAAAAAAAAUCUUCCGCAUAAGUCUAUUACUGAGAACCAUUUAGCAUCUGGUGGAAUGUUUGUUAACAGUGUGUGUGUGGAUUGGGCACCUCUGCCUUAUCCUGAACUACCUCAUUUACUGCUCUCGGGUCAUGAACCAAUCUCCACUUCUGUUUGUCUGCCUUUAGUGGCAUGUUACAGUCACUCUGUUUUAACCAGUACUCCCCCCUUUGGACACAUGACUCACAUCGUGAUUUAUGCGUUCCAAAAAACUAAACAACAACAUUGCCUGUUAUCCCUUGGCCACUAAAAGUAUUAUAAACCAGGUCUAUAUGAAUUUGAGCCCUAAUAAACUUUCCCCACUUCUUUAGUACCUCUUGUGCUGGUGAUUCUAUGUUCCCUAUCCAAUAUACAUGUGAUGUUUUGUCCAUAGCCAUCAUCAUCUGUGGACGUACACCUUCCUGAACUAUUAUUAGUCCCUCUGAUGUGCAUUUAAUUUGGAUUCCCAUUCUAAACAGUGCAUGUCUUCCUAAUAGAUUAACUGAAGUUUGUUCUGAUACUAAUAUACAGUGGGGAGAACAAGUAUUUGAUACACUGCCGAUUUUGCAGGUUUUCCUACUUACAAAGCAUGUAGAGGUCUGUAAUUUUUAUCAUAUGUACACUUCAACUGUGAGAGACGGAAUCCAGAAAAUCACAUUGUAUGAUUUUUAAGUAAUUAAUUUGCAUUUUAUUGCAUGACAUAAGUAUUUGAUACAUCAGAAAAGCAGAUCUUAAUAUUUGGUACAGAAACCUUUGUUUGCAAUUACAGAGAUCAUACGUUUCCUGUAGGUCUUGACCAGGUUUGCACACACUACAGCAGGGAUUUUGGCCCACUCCUCCAUACAGACCUUCUCCAGAUCCUUCAGGUUUCAGGGCUGUCGCUGGGCAAUAUGGACUUUCAGCUCCCUCCAAAGAUUUUCUAUUGGGUUCAGGUCUGGAGACUGGCUAGGCCAGUCCAGGACAUUGAGAUGCUUCUUACGGAGCCACUCCUUAGUUGCCCUGGCUGUGUGUUUCGGGUCGUUGUCAUGCUGGAAGACCCAGCCACGACCCAUCUUCAAUGCUCUUACUGAGGGAAGGAGGUUGUUGGCCAAGAUCUCGCGAUACAUGGCCCCAUCAAUCCUCCCCUCAAUACGGUGCAGUCGUCCUGUCCCCUUUGCAGAAAAGCAUCCCCAAAGAAUGAUGUUUCCACCUCCAUGCUUCACGGUUGGGAUGGUGUUCUUGGGGUUGUACUCAUCCUUCUUCUUCCUCCAAACACGGCGAGUGGAGUUUAGACCAAAAAAGCUCUAUUUUUGUCUCAUCAGACCACAUGACCUUCUCCCAUCCUCCUCUGGAUCAUCCAGAUGGUCAUUGGCAAACUUCAGACGGGCCUGGACAUGCGUUGGCUUGAGCAGGGGGACUUGCGUGCGCUGCAGGAUUUUAAUCCAUGACGGCAUAAUGUGUUACUAAUGGUUUUCUUUGAGACUGUGGUCCCAGCUCUCUUCAGGUCAUUGACCAGGUCCUGCCAUGUAGUUCUGGGCUGAUCCCUCACCUUCCUCAUGAUCAUUGAUGCCCCACAAGGUGAGAUCUUGCAUGGAGCCCCAGACCGAGUGAGGGUGAUUGACCGUCAUCUUGAACCUCUUCCAUUUCUUCUUCCUUUCUAUCACAUGAUCUAUGUACUGUCUCCCACCCCUCAUGUACGUCUACGUUUUGGGUACGCAAGUCAGCACUUAUACAUUAUUCCACUUUAAUCCAAUCUCUAGUAAUCAAUGACACGCAUAUAAAAUUCAUCAUAUUGUAAUAUAUUCAUAUCAACCAGACCAUUCGUAUUUCUAAUGAUUCUUUAUCACCACAAGUCAGUUUAUCAUAAUCUAGUCCCAGCGGAACAACAACUUUAACUUCCUAGACCUGCCCGUCAGUCAUAAAAUCCUCCCAGAAUCCUAUAGACUGGUCACUUAUUCACUGAUCUUACAAUAUUCUAUGACAGGCAGUGUUGUACAAACCCCAAGAUAUCAUUAUAUCAACAGCUUAUUCUCCAAACUUCAGAUUAAAACUCAUUCCCAUAUUCACACGACUCUCAUAUCACAUUCACACAACGCUAUUUCCCAACACACAAUCAAUAUUCGUAUAACCUGCAGGAAUAUUUUCUUCUAUAAAAGUGCCCAAAUUUGGAAUGUUAACCCUGUCACAUUUGACAUUUCACUAUGGUCAAUUUUACCAUAAUCCUACAUUACUUCUAAAAUUCCCAAAUAUAAUGAGACCCUAAAAGAUUGGCCGAAAUACAAUGUGUAGACGUCAUACAAUCAAACCCGUGCACGUGACCUGUUCCUCCGACAGGAUUUCUCAUACCCCUUCCUGGUAAAGACACACACACCUUCUGAUCCCCUCCUAGUAAUGUGAAAUUUCCACACUCAGUUGAUAAAUUAAUAACCACAUACCAUUAAUUCUCCUCUUCCUAAUGCAAGAUUGGGCAUGCCCUUUCUCCACCAGCCAUAUAAGCUUCAAGCAACCUCAAAUAUAGUUUCCCCUCCUGACGCUCCCUCCACACAGAAAAGGCUAUUAUUUGCAGGAUUUCUUUUUAUUGUCCGAUCACUCACACAGAUAAGCAGCCGCUCGUGCUUAAAUGAAUCAGACAGAAUGACCACUUUCUCUAUAUUUGAAGCACUGGUGGCUAUUUCACAACCGCCCACCUAUUCUGGAUGACCGGCGCUACUUCCAAUUUAUGGUGUCACCUACUCAGGAUGGCCCUACCCGAUUUGGCCCUGUCUAACUUUUGCAUCACCACAUCACAGGAUGAUACACCACCUACCCGACUGGCCAUCUCAAUCUUAUGUACAACUCUUGGCUAGCCACUCUGCCCUUUCAAUCCUCUGGAGUGCUAACCUUAGCUCUCCACAGCAGUACCACAGGAUUUAACUUAUUUUACACUUAUCAACAAUAACAUUGCAUGCAUGCUUAUUUCUCAUUCCAACAAAAACUCUGUACUUUUGCUCAAUUUAGUCCUUAAUACUGGAGAGACCCCUUCCGUACCUUACCCUCAGAUUCAGCCUGAUCGAAUCACAAUUUCUAUGCUACAAGUAAGAAUGUUGCUUACCUCUAUUAACAGCGGCCGCUGUAUUUUUGUGUGUGAUUCGUCCAAACUUUCUCAGAUGGUCGAAGCACUCAAUGAUCUCUUUCCAGUCCUGACUUUAUUACACAAAGUAACGUAAACCCAGGUCCUCUGCAGAUUAUCUCGGUUUACGUUACUUUGUGUAAUAAAGUCUAUCUUGAUUCUACAAAAAACUCUGAAAGAACUUUGAUUUUUAAUAAAGUAUAGUGAUAAUUUUCCACAUCACUCUCUGUUUCUUUCUUCCAGAACCCAGAUUCACUUCACGGUGGCCAUUGAUUUCACUGCAUCCAAUGGUGAGGGCUGGUCCUAUUCUACUGCGCUCCACUCUUACCUAUUUUAUGACACUACUCCUUUGUAAAAGACUGGGUUACAUUUUGGUUUCACCAAACACAAAGUCUAUAAUGAAACAUGAUGAAGAUGCAAUCCCAUUUGCAAAGCUACAAUCAGCCGUUGAAAAUCACACUACAGCACCCUUUAACUGUGUUAGCUUUACUGAAUUCCACUCUGGUUCAGACGGAGUUUCCAUGUUGCUAGUCUUGUACGUCUCUCUGUGAGACUCCUCAGUCCAGUAUGCUGCAUCACUCACCUCUGACCUCUGACCCUCCCUAGGUAACCCGUCCCAGUCCACCUCUCUACACUACAUGAACCCGUACCAGAUGAAUGCGUACGCCAUGGCCCUGAAGGCUGUAGGGGAGAUCAUCCAGGACUACGACAGUGAUAAGAUGUUCCCUGCUCUGGGAUUUGGAGCCAAGCUGCCCCCUGAUGGACAGGUCUCCCACGAGUUCCCCUUGGUAACUAUCUAUCAUAAUCAUCAUAUGACUGCACACACCCACACAAACAUACACACACACCCACACACACACACAUACACACACACACACACACAUACACACACAUACACACACCCAAACCUACACACCCAAACCCACACACACACACACACACACACACGCACACACACACACAUACACACACAUACACACACCCAAACCCACACACACACACACACACACACACACACACACGCGCACACACACACACAACAGACUAAGCUGGGUGUUAUCUGAUGUCCAAUGAGUUCCCCCAGUUAACUAUCCUGUAUAGACUGCAGAUAAACUACAGAUGCACUAUAUACACAAAAGUAUGUGGACACCCCUUCAAAUUAGUGGAUUCUGCAAUAUUUAUAUAUAUUUUAUUUUUUGUCAUUUAGCAGAUGCUCUCAUCCAGAGCGACUUACAGUUAUUAAUUUAAAAAAUAAUAAUUUUACUUUAAAAAAAAAUAAUCAUACUGGCCCCCCGUGGGAAACGAACCCACAACCCUGGCGUUGCAAACGCCAUGCUCUACCAACUGAGCUACAUCCCUAUUUCAGCCACACCUGUUGCUGACAGGUGUAUACAAUUGAGCACACAACCAUUCAAUCUCCAUAGACAAACAUUGGCAGUAAAUGGCCUUACUGAAGGGCUCAGUCACUUUCAACAUGGCACCGUCAUAGGAUGCCACCAUUCCAACAAGUCUGUUCGUCAAAUUUCUGCCCUCCUAGAGCUGCCCCUGUCAACUGUAAGUGCUGUUAUUGUGAAGUGGAAACGUCUAGGAGCAACAACGGCUCAGCCGCGAAGUGGUAGGCCACACAAGCUCACAGAACGGGACCACCGAGUGCUGAAGCGCUUAGCACGUAAAAAUCAUCUGUCCUCGGUUGCAAAACUCACUACCAAGUUCCAAACUGCCUCUGAAAGCAACAUGACCACUGAGUGCUGAAGCACGUAGUGUGUAAACAUCGUCUGUCCUCGGUUGCAACACUUGCUACCGAGUUCCAAACUGCCUCUGGAAGAUAGAACUGUUCGUCGGGAGCUUCAUGAAAUGGGUUUCCAUGGCCGAGCAGCCGCACACAAGCCUAAGAUCACCAUGCUCAAUGCCAAGCGUUGGCUGGAGUGGUGUAAAGCUCGCCGCCAUGGACUCUGGAGCAAUGGAAAUGUGUUCUCUCGAGUGAUGAAUCACGCUUCACCAUCUGGCAGUCCGGCGGACAAAUCUGGGUUUGGCGGAUGGCAGGAGAACGCUACCUGCCCGAAUGCAUAGUGACAACUGUAAAGUUUGGUGGAGGAGGAAUAAUGGUCUGGGGCUGUUUUUCAUGGUUCGGGCUAGUUCCCUUAGUUCCAGUGAAGGGAAAUCUUAACGCUACAGCAUAAAAUGACAUUCUAGACGAUUCUGUGCUUCCAACUUUGUGGCAACAGUUUGGAGAAAGCCCUUUCCUAUUUCAGCAUGACAAUGCCCCCAUGCACAAAGCGAAGUCCAUACAGAAAUGGUUUGUCGAGAUCGGCACGGAAGAAAUUGACUGGCCUGCACAGAGCCCUGACCUCAACCCCAUCCAACACCUUUGGGAUGAAUUGGAACGCCAACUGCGAGCCAGGCCUAAUCGCCCAACAUCAGUGCACAACCUCACUAAUGCUCUUGUGGCUGAAUGGAAGCAAGUCCCCGCAGCAAUGUUCCAACAUCUAGUGGAAAUCCUUCCCAGAAGAGUGGAGGCUGUUAUAGCAGCAAAGGGGGGACCAGCUCCAUAUCAAUGCCCAUGAUUUUGGAAUGAGAUGUUCGACGAGCAGGUGUCCAUAUACUUUUGGUUAUGUAGUGUUAAUAGACUGUUAGAGCUGGCAGGGUUUGGUGGAAGCUGGGUGUAUGAGGGUGUCCCAUGAGCCAUCCUAUACGUAUACAAUAGGUAUCAUUAUACAAUAGGUAUCAUUAUACAGUAGGUAUCAUUAUACAGUAGGAAUCAUUAUACAAUAGGUAUCAUUAUACAAUAGGUAUCAUUAUACAGUAGGUAUCAUUAUACAAUAGGUAUCAUUAUACAGUAGGUAUCAUUAUACAGUAGGUAUCAUUAUACAGUAGGUAUCAUUAUACAGUAGGUAUCAUCAUUAUACAGUUGUGGUGCUGUGUGUGUGUGUGGCUGUAUGAUAGUGGAUUAGCGUUGUGGUGCUGUGUGUGUGUGUGUGUGUGGCUGUAUGAUAGUGGAUUAGCGUUGUGGUGCUGUGUGUGUGUGUGGCUGUAUGAUAGUGGAUUAGCGUUGUGGUGCUAUGUGUUUGUGUGGCUGUAUGAUAGUGGAUUAGCGUUGUGGUGCUGUGUGUGUGUGUGGCUGUAUGAUAGUGGAUUAGCGUUGUGGUGCUGUGUGUGUGUGUGUGGCUGUAUGAUAGUGGAUUAGCGUUGUGGUGCUGUGUGUGUGUGUGUGGCUGUAUGAUAGUGGAUUAGCGUUGUGGUGCUGUGUGUGUGUGUGGCUGCAUGAUAGUGGAUUAGCGUUGUGGUGCUGUGUUGCCCUUCACUUGACAAUAAGAGGAUCAAGACAGCUUGUUUACCAAUAUGCUGUAAACUGAGCUUCAUGACUCGCCUCAGAGGCAGAGACAGUGGAGAGAGAGAGAGAGAGAGAGAGAGAGAGAGAGAGAGAGAGAGGAGAGAGAGAGAGAGAGAGAGAGAGAGAGGAGAGAGAGAGAGAGAGAGAGAGGAGAGAGAGAGAGAGAGAGAGAACUUGUGUAUUCCUUUGACAGAUAUGAGCAUGCAUAAAUUAAACACAGGUUUAAUUUAAACCUUCUCUAGUGCAAAUUGGCUUCUGUAAGCCUUAAGGAUUCUUCAAUCAAUUAGGCUUCUCUCAGCCAGUUAAUGUGUAUGGGGAUGGUGGUGUACAGUACAACUAAUGAGCAGCCCAUCGGCAGGGAAUCCACCGCACCGUAUCAACCUCCAUUCUGAUUAAGAUUAUUCACACAUCUGACAAUAUGAUGAAAACCAACCAACCAGCACACUUUCAAGGGUUUCUAUUCUCAUUUGCUGUACAGUGAAGGUAGAAUUAAUGUUUGUUUUAGUGGUUGGAGUCACUAUCUAAAAUCACUAUCUAUGAAGCUUAAAGCCUGUCGCAUGCUUCCCAGUCGAAACAGUUUGUGCAUACUGUAUAUUCUGCAAACAUUUUGUGACAUGAAAAGGAUUCUUCAAUGAGGUGUUUGCUGUCAUUCAAUGAGGGAGAGGAGAGAACGCAGCAGCAGCUAGGUCCUUCUGUACUGCAGUACACUUCUAGUUUUCAUGCUAUUUUUUUCACUUGAGAAGUACUGCCCCGAUCAACUUAGUUAGAUGUAAAAUUGUGCCACUAAGACCUGAGCAAAAAAACGUCAAAAUGAAUUACAGAUUUCUUGAUUUAUCUUAGAUUAAUUAAGACUAUUUUGAGGAAGUGUUACUGGCGACGUUGUUGCUACGGUGGCUCAAGAGGGACAAACAACAGUAAUAUUGCCACUUUUUUCUCGUUUUACAAGCAAGGUCUUUAGGGAGUAUGCGAGCACAGACGUUCGCUUCGCCUAGCCGAGUUCUGCUAGGAGCAAACCCAACCUAUGUAUGCGGACGCCUUUACACUCACACAGUCGAUUCCCUCACUAUUAUCCUGGUUAUAUCUCAGAAAUGUAACUAAUUCAGGUAACAUGUUAUGUAUUUUCUCCUUCACAGAAUGGCAACAUAGAGAACCCCUACUGCAACGGAAUGGAGGGGAUUCUAAAAGCAUACCAUCAGAGUCUAAAGACGGUCCAACUCUACGGACCAACCAACUUCGCUCCGGUCGUCAACCAUGUGGCAAAGUGAGUCAUUGAGUCAUCUAGAGAAUACCGUUGCUGGCGUUUACAAUAAUACUGAGAUAAAAUACAAAAUCUUUGGUCCUAACAUGAUGUAUGUAAAAUAUUGUGUGCUUUAGCUUGGGAUACAAUGCCUUCAGAAAGCAUUCAUAAACCUUGACUUAUUCCACAUUUUGUUGUGUUACAGCCCGAAUUCAAAAUGGAUUAAAUUGUUUUAUUUUUCUCACCCCAUCUACACACAAGAAAUUGCAAAUAUCUAAUUUACAUAAGUAUUCACACCCCUGAGUCAAUACAUGUUAGAAUCACCUUUGGCGCCAAUUACAGCUGUGAUUCAUUCUGGUUAAGUCUCUUUGCACACCUGGAUUGUACAAUAUUUGCACAUCAUUCUUUUUAAAAUUCUUCAAGCUCUGUCAAGUUGGUUGUUGACCAUUGGUAGACAGCCAUUUUCAAGUCUUGCCAUAGCGCUUCAAGACAAUUUAAGUCUAAACUGUAACUAGGCCACUUAGGAACAUUCAAUGUCGUCUUGGUAAGCAACUCCAGUGUAUAUUUGGCCUUGUGCUGUAGGUUACUGUCCUGCUGAAAGGUGAAUUUACAUUUACGUCAUUUAGCAGACGCUCUUAUCCAGAGCGACUUACAGUUAAGUGAGUGCAUACAUUAUUUUAUCUUUCAUACCCCUGUGGGAAUCAAACCCACAAAGCUGGCGUUGCAAACACCAUGCUCUACCAACUGAGCUACAUCCCUGCCGGCCAUUCCCUCCCCUACCCUGGACCAAUUGUGCGCCGCCCCAUGCGUCUCCCGGUCACGGCCGGCUACGACAGAGCCUGGAUUCGAACGAGCGUCUCUAGUGGCACAGCUAGCACUGCGAUGCAGUGCCUUAGACCGCUGCGCCACUCAGGAGCUAAUUUGUCUCCCAGUGUCUGUUGGAAAGCAGACAAGGUUUUCCUCUAGCGUUUUGCCUGUGCUUAGCUCUAUUCCAUUUAUUUUUAUCAACAACAAAAAAACUACCCAGUCCUUGCCGAUGACAAGCAUACCCAUAACCUGAUGCAGCCUCCACUCUGUAACUGUUUUAAUGUUACCAUUGCCCUCAUGGUGAAAUCCCUGAGCGGUUUCCUUCCUCUCCGGCAACUGAGUUAGAAAGGACACCUGUAUCUUUGUAGUGACUGGGUGUAUUGAUACACCAUCCAAAGUGUAAUUAAUAACUUCACCAUGCUCAAAGGGAUAUUCAAUGUCUGUUUGUUUUUUUACCCAUCUAGCAAUACCCCUUAAUGACAAAGCGAAAACAGGUUUUUAGAAAUACCUUAUUUACAUAAGUAUUCAGACCCUUUGAUAUGAUACUCGAAAUUGAGCUCAGGUGCAUCCUGCUUCCAUUGAUCAUCCAUGAGAUGUUUCUACAACUUGAUUGGAGUCCACCUGUGGUAAAUCCAAUUGAUUGGACAUGAUUUGGAAAGGCACACACCUGUCUAUAUAAGGUCCCACAGUUGACAGUGGAUAUCAUAGAGAAAAAACCAAGCCAUGAGGUCAAAGGAAUUGUCCGUAGACAGGAUUGUGUCGAGGCACAGAUCUGGGGAUGGGUAACAAAAAAUGUCUGCAGCAUUGAAGGUCCCCAAGAACACAGUGGCCUCCAUCAUUCUUAAAUGGAAGAAGUUUGGAACCACCAAGACUCUUCCUAAAGCUGGCCACCCGGCCAAACUGAGCAAUCGGGGGAGAAGGGCCUUGGUCAGGGAGGUGACCAAGAAUCCGAUGGUCACUCUGAAAGAGCUCCAGAGUUCCUCUGUGGAGAUGGGAGAACCUUCCAGAAGGACAACCAUUUCUGCAGCACUCCACCAAUCAGGCCUUUAUGGUAGAGUGGCCAGGCAGAAGCCACUACUCAGUUAAAGGCACAUGACAGCCCACUUGGAGUUUGCCAAAAGGCACCUAAAGGACUCUCAGACAAUGAGAAACAAGAUGAUCUGGUCUGAUGAAACCAAGAUUGAACUCUUUGGCCUGAAUGCCAAGUGUCACGUCUGGAGGAAACCUGCCACCAUCCCUACGGUGAAGCAUGGUGGUGGCAGCAUCAUGCUGUGGGGAUGUUUUUCAGCGACAGGGAGACUAGUCAGGAUUGAGGGAAAGAUGAACAGCGCAAAGUACAGAGAGAUCCUUGAUGAAAACUUGCUCCAGAGCGCUCAGGACCUCAGACUGGGGUGAAGGUUCACCUUCCAACAGGACAACGACCCUAAGCACACAGCCAAGACAACGCAGGAGUGGCUUCGGGACAAGUCUCUGGAGAGACCUGAAAAUAGCUGCCCAUCCAACCUGACAGAGCUUGAGAGGAUCUGCAGAGAGGAAUGGGAGAAACUCCCCAAAUACAGGUGAGCCAAGCUUGUAGCGUCAUACCCAAGAAGACUCGAGGCUGUAAUCACUGCCAAAGGUGCUUCAACAAAGUACUGAGUAAAGGGUCUGAAUACUUAUAUAAAUGUGAUAUUUCAAUAUUUUAUUUUUAAUAAAUGUGAACCAGUUUUUGCUUUGUCAUUAUGGGUUAUUGUGUGUAGAUUGAUGAGGGAAAAAACAAUUUAAUCCAUUUUAGAAUAAGGCUGUAAUGUAACAAAAUGUGGAAAAAGUCAUGGGGUCUGAAUAGUUUCCGAAUGGACUGUAUGUAUAGGGAUAAGGGGACUAGGCAACAGGAUACAAGAUAAACAGAGUAGCUGCACCUUGUAUGUGAGUGGGUGUGGGGAUGUGUAGAGUCAGUAUAAAUGUAUGUGCAUAUUAUAUGUGAGAGAGUAGAUAAUGGAGUGAGUUGUGUGUGUGUGUUGGAGUGACAGUUGUGUGAGUGUGUAGGGCCCUUUGUGUGUGUGUGCAUAGAGACAUUGCAAAGAUUGAAAUAAAUAGGUCAAUAAAGAUACAAGGUCAAUUCAGAUAGUCCGUGUAGCUAUUUUGUUAGCUAUUUAUCAGUCGUAUUGCUUGGGGAUAGAUAGCUGUUAAAGAGCCUGUUGGUGUCAGACUUGAUGCACUGGUACCUCUUGCCGUGCGGCAGCACAGAAAAUAGUCAAUGGCUUGGGUGGUUGGGGCCUUUGACGAUUUUCCGGGCCUUCUUUUCACAUCUCCUGAUAUACAGUAGAGGUCCUGGAUGGCAGGGAGCUCGGGCCCCCAGUGAUGGCCCAUGCGAUCGAGGGCGGUGCUAUUGCCAUACCAAGCAGUGAUGCAGGGUAUUGUGUGUAGAUCAGGUGACACAAAAUCUAAAUUGAAUCCAUGUUUAAUUCAGGCUGUAACAACAACACAUAUGUGUGGAAAAGUCGAGGGGUGUGAAUUAUUUCUGAAGGCACCGUACAUGUGACUCUGGAUGACAACGUAAUGAUUUUUUGUUUUCCAACAUUAGGGCUGUGUUCCUAAAGAAGUUUAAAUCCAUUUCGUGUUUUCUUUCCUUGCCACAACACUAAUGAGUAUCACGAUACUGGUAUCGUCCCAGCCCUAGUCUACACUAGCCUAGUCCCAGAUCAGUUUGUGCUGUAAAGCCAACUCCUAUGGACGUUAAUUGGCAUGAGGUAUCCUGGUUCCAGAUCAGUCUAUACUGUCUUAACCAUUUCCUUAUAGUUGUUGUUUGGCAUUACAAUAGGAGUCUGCCAAACAGCACAAACAGAUCUGGGACCUGAUUAUAGGAGUUGGCUAUACAACAGCAUAAACAGAUCUGGGACCUGGUUAUAGGAGUUGGCUAUACAACAGCAUAAACAGAUCUGGGACCUGGUUAUAGGAGUUGGCUAUACAACAGCAUAAACAGAUCUGGGACCUGGUUAUAGGAGUUGGCUAUACAACAGCAUAAACAGAUCUGGCACUUGGCUACAUCUCAACAACAGCACAAGGCUGAUUAUCAAUAUAAGUAACCGUUUCACGGUAAUGUCUACACCUGUUGUAUUCGGCGCAUGUGGCAAAUAAAAUUGUAUUUGAUUUUAUCAAUCAACCUUAUCUCAACCUUGCUUAUAAAGCCAGUUGAAAAACAAACCUUCAGGCAACCUUCAGCUCCACAAUGAAUACGAAUCAGACAUGCCAUUAGACAGGCCUGUAAACCAGUAAAUAACUGUUGUUUUAUGGAUAUGUUGUGACUUAAUGAAGAGGAAAUUAACAAUCAACUGUCGCCGUGGUGACAGAUGUAAGUGGAGGUCAAGUCUCAGGUCAGACUAAUGAGGACCCACGUUGCUGUUGGGUGUGUGUAUGGUUUUACUAUCCUUGUGGGGACCAGAAGUCCUCACAAGCAGAAUAAAAACAAGGACAAUUCAGACAAGUAGGGACAUUUCUCCAGGUCGCCGCAAGGAAAACGUAAGAGGUUUAGGGUUAGGGGUUUGGGGUUAGGGUUAAGGUUAAGGUUAGGGAAAAUAGGAUUUUGAAUGGGAAUCAAUUGUUUGGUCCCCCACAAGUAUAGUAAAACACGUGUCUGUGAACCUGAUGAGCAUAGAUGUCCCUUUAAUCUCCAAAAACAACAGUAAUCUCUCAAGUCUGUGUUUGUCUGACCUCUCUCUAUCUCUCUCUCUCUCUCUCUCACUCACUCACCCUCACACUCACCCUCAUGCACUCACGGACACACACCAUCCCUCUGAUGCUGACACCCUCCUUGUCUUUAAUUAAAAUGUCAGCUCCAGACUCCAGAGAGCGAUCAUCUGACAGGCUUAAUCAGAAAGCAGGAGGAAAGGACUCAACAACAACCCCAGAGGACCCCCAGAGGUCCGGCUGAAAUGUCAACACGCCCUUAGCUUUGGCAUGAUGAGCACUUGGAUGUGUCACUUAUUGUCUCCUCUUCUCUAGUCACAAUAAUACGAUCAGGAUCAGAGUAAAAGAGCUGAUUUAGGAUCAGUUUAGCCUUUUUAGAUCACAGUGAUCAAGAUAACAUGGACAGGAGGGGGACCUGAUUCCAGCCCCUGGUCAAAUCAACAGCCUACCUGGCAAUCAAUCAAUGAUAACUGUAAAAAGAAUAAAGAAAUAACAGUGACUUGUAAUUCUAAACAGUAAAUUAUUCAUGUUAUGGACAGCUAGGGAUGGGUGAUGGAAUCUAGGCCACGUACAUACAGAACACUGCUGAGAGUCUGAUGUGGCUCAUCACAAACACUAGACCUCAGAGAUUUAGAAGAUACAGUGUGUGUGUGUGUGUGUGUGUGUGUGCGUGUGUGCCUUUGACAGGUGAGAGUUAGAGUGCAAAGCAGGCUGUACUUUGUUUAUAUUAAGGCUCUGGGACUCACUCUCUGAUGACAGGGAGCUUGAUUUCGAAAGGAGAUCUUUUUUUAUGGCUUGAUUCAUACAUGCGGUAAAGAGAUCAUUGGAAAACAGACCGUGGGGGAAAGAACAAGGACGCCGUCAUUGACGCACAUUAGAAAGAAUCUGAUCUUACAAAGUGGAUAUUAGUCAAAUCUGUCAUGACUUCUGUGUUCUAACAGGCCCACACUCUGCUUAAUAAAAUCCGAUCAGUAUACAUUUGGCUGUUUUCGCUGCAUAAUAUUUAGAAAUAGUACUUUUCAGCGUUAGAAAACAUUUCUGCUAAACUCUAACUCCCAUUCAUAUAAGCUGGUAGCAUAGCUAUCCAUAUAGAAAUCGGUGGUGGUACUUGAAGACACUUUUUAAGUGUAAUGCAGUUGAUUGGGGAUGAUGGCAUGAGCAUGUAUUGGUGUUGACAUCCAAACAAGCAUUAUACUCCAAUUCUUACCUCAACAUAGUGUGAAAUACACAUACCAAUAUAGGAUCUUAAUUUGAUCACCCUGUUGCAGGAGAACUUUCCCGCAAUGCAGGACAUUUAAAACUUGCAGUGUAUUUGAGGUUUAAAAAAGCUUCUCAAGUUUGUAAUUUCCACAUAGAAACUUCAGACUUCAUUUUCCCUAAAGACAAAUGUAUCAACCCCUACAAAAAUGUCCAUUAAUUAUUGUCCACAUGUCCUGUUGCUGCAGGAUUAUUUUCCUGCUGAAGCAAACUAAGAUCCUACAUCUGUAUGAACAAUUUUGAUGGGGGGAAAUGAGGAGAUUCUGAAUCUUUACCCCACGGGGGAUGUGUGAGUGAUGUUGCCAUGGCAUUUUCAUUGUUUUGGUCGAGUUUGAUUGAUCUCUUUACCGCAUCUAUCCGUAGCGCUGAAGAUCCGCAUUGUAGCGUGAUUUACGUUUAAAGGCAUAUUUUCUCACGUUCUCGGAGGCUGCAUUCACGGUAAACGCUGAAGAUGUCAGCUCAAUCGGAAAUUACCUUUAAAGGGAUACCUCUGGAUUUGAACUUGUGCAUACCAUUUCUAUGUCUCUACGUGCAGUUUGAAGGAAGUUUCUAACCAGCCCUAGCGCAAUUGCUAACUAGCGUUAGAGCAAUGACUGGAAGUAUGCUAGUAGAUCCCACUGGCUAUAAGGUGAAUGCACCUAUUUGUAAGUCGCUCUGGAUAAGAGCGUCUGCUAAAUGACGUAAAUGUAAAUGUAAAUGUAGAUACCACAGACUUCCAGUCAUUGCACUAACGCUAGUUAGAAUUGGCUCGCAAAACUACCGCUUCCUUCAUACUGGACGCAGAGACAUAAAAUUGGUAUCCACAAGUUAAUCUGACUCCGGGGAAGUACACUGAACAAAAGUGUGAUUUCAACAUGUAAAGUGUUUGUCCCAUGUUUCAUGAGCUGAAAUAAAAGAUCCCUGAAAUGCUACGCACAAAAAGCUUAUUUCUCUCAAAUUGUGUGCAUAAAUUUACAUUCAUUUUAGUGAGCAUUUCUCUUUUGCCAAGAUAAUCGAUCCACCUGACAGGUGUGGCAUAUCAAGAAGCUGAUUAAACAGCAUGAUCAAUACACUGGUGCAUCUUGUGCUGGGGACAAUAAAAGGCCAGUAUAAUGUGCAGUUUUGUCACACAACACAAUGCCACAGAUGUCUAAAGUUUUGAGGUAGCAUGCAAUUGGCAUACUGACUGCAGGAAUGUCCACCAGAGCUGUUGCCAAAGAAUUGAAUGUUCAUUUCUCUACCAUAAGCCACCUCCAACGUCGUUUUAGAGAAUUUGGCAGUACUUUCAACCGGCCUCACAACCGCAGACCACAUGUAUGGCGUUGUGUGGGCUAACGGUUUGCUGAUGUCAACAAUGUGAACAGAGUGCCCCAUGGUGGCGUUGGGGUUAUGGUAUGGGCAGGCAUAAGCUAAGGACAAUGAACACAAUUGCAUUUUAUCAAUGGCAAUUUGAAUGCACAGAGAUACCGUGACGAGAUCCUGAGGCCCAUAGUCAUGCCGUUCAUCCGCAGCCAUCACCUCAUGUUUCAGUAUGAUAAUGCACAGCCCCAUGUCGCAAGGAUCUGUACACAAUUCCUGGGAGCUGAAUAUGCCCAGUUCUUUCAUGGCCUGCAUGCUCACCAGACAAGUCACCGAUUGAGCAUGUUUGGGAUGCUCUGGAUCGACGUGUACGACAGCGUGUUCCAGUUCCCGCCAGUAUCCAGCAACUUUGCACAGCCAUUGAAGAGGAGUGGAACAACAUUCCAAAGCCCACAAUCAACAGCCUGAUCAACUCUAUGCGAAGGAAAUGUGUCGCGCUGCAUGAGGCAAAUGGUGGUCACAGCAGAUACUGACUGGUUUUCUGAUCCACGCCCCUACUUUUUUUAAAGGUAUCUGUGACCAACAGAUGCAUGUCUGUAUUCCCAGUCAUGUGAAAUCCAUAGAUUAGGGCCUAAUUAAUGUAUUUAAAUUCCUUAUAUGAACUGUAACUCAGUAAAAUCUUUUAAAUUGUUGCAUGUUGCGUUUAUAUUUGUCACUCGUUAAAAAAAACUAGGCGUAUGUCGCGGGUCACUACUUCACAGGAGAGCCAUUUGAACUUAAACUUUCUUAAAAUCAAAAUGCAAUUUUUGGCAGAAAUGCCUUCUGGAAGGUGAACUUCCAUGUGCCUUAAUAAAAUACUUGUAUGCCAACUGUACAUUUGAAUAAAAUGGUUAAAUUACGAGCCUAGUUGGUUAAGCCGCAGAAAAAGACAGCAACCUUCCCACUAGCCAUGAUUGGCUGAGAUAAUGAUUGGGCUGGACAUGCCGAGAGAGGAGUUCGGAUUGGUCUGCCAUAUAGAAGGCUUCUGUCUAUUUGAGCUGGUCAUGUGUAGGUAAUCCUGUCUAACGCGGCUUUUUUCAAAUGUAUCGUGUAGUGGAGCUGCAUAAAUGUUGCUCUCCACUAUCUGGAGGAUCGAGUUUUGAAAUCAGUGGAAUUAGAGUAUGAUAGCUAAAGAGAUGGAGAAAACACCUGUCUCUGGAUUACAUCUUCAAACUAAGGGCAACCAUGGCAUCCGUGACAGGGAGACGCGUCCAUCAUGCAUGAUGUAUACGGGUAAGAUAGUUUAGCUAGCCACAUUUUCAGAUAUUACAUGUUUCUAAUUUUGCCUGAAAGUGGUUUCAUUUCAAGUUAAAGUGUACUGUUAGCUAGCUAGCUAACGUUAGCUGGCUUGCUCGCUGGCUAAUGUUACGUGUAUGAUGUUAUUAUUCGUAUCUCAGAGCCGUUUUCUUGGCUAGUUAGACCCUAAUGUUAGCUAGGUAACAUUGAACCUGGUUGGUUAGCUACCAGCAGAUUCAUUCAGGGUAGUAACGUCAUGAGUUGGCACUAUGGUUAAUUGUUUAACUAGCUAAUGUUAGCUGGCUGACUUGCUAGCUAACGUUACGUGGCAUGUAUGAUCUUACACGUUGUUUACCUAGCUAGGUUCAUUGUUUACCUAGCUAGCUAGCUACAUGUCUUAACAAAAGUCUCCACUAUGCAAGUAACCAUUUUGGGUGUGUUCGUAAAUUCAGUCUGAGUAUGCCAGAGCGCAGAAUAACUGAUGAAUUUACGAACACACAACACCCGUUGAAUAUGGCCGGUGUCAGUAAACAUCGGCAAAAAAGCGUAAUUACAUUGUUGCCAGAAGAGCUGGUUAGGCUGUUUUCAUGUUAUCCAGAGGUAAACAAUGAACCAUAACCCCAAUUUUGUGGCUGAAAGUAAAUAGCAAGCUAGCCAAUGUUAGCCAGUUAGCUUGGGUGCUUGACUGCCGUUAUGAGGUCAGAACGCUCGGAUCAACCCUACUCAUCGGCCAGAGCGUGAAGUGUGCGCACUGAACGCUCCGAAAGCGAAACGAAAUGGGUGGGGCUAAAGCUUAAGAGGCUGUGAACGAUGCUGAAUGGGUGUAGAUAAAGAAGAGCUCUUCACCAGGUACCAAAACAUUCAAAGGCCAUUUUCUCAAAAGUGAGAUUACAAGUUUAUCAACUUUCAAAGCAGAAUUACUUUCCCAUUGUUCCCUUAAAUGCAGUGUAUGAUAUAUAAUUUUGUAGCUCUGUGUCUCGGCUUUUAUCAAAUGUAAAAAACACAAUUUCAAAUUUUGCUACAUGAGACCGAAUCAAGGUGGUUGGUCACAUUUUUGUUCAGUAUAGAUUAAAGGGCCUUAUUGCCAAAAUGCCAAAGUAUCCCUUUAAAUGUCAAUUGCGCUACAACGCAGAUCUUCAGUGCAACCGAUUGAAUCUAGCCCUUAAUGUAGAUUAAGUUCAAUCGUUAUGUUAAUGAAUGUCUACUGCUGCCAUGACGUCUAUAAUGUACCAGUAUGUUAUCAUCAGUGUAGGAAGGGGGUAAUUCUUAUCUUUGAGCCCCUAACUUGUUGUGAAUCUGUUCUCUCUCCCAGGUACGCAGCGGCGGUACAGGACGGCUCUCAGUACUUCGUCCUCCUCAUCAUCACAGAUGGCGUCAUAUCAGACAUGGCCCAGACCAAGGGGGCCAUCGUCAACGUGAGUGGUCUGCUGGAUGUUCCCAUUACCCAUAAUCCUCCUCUGCCCUCUGUCUCCCUGUUUCUCUGUCUUUCUCUCUCUUUCUCCCUCUUUCUCUCCCUCUCUGCAGGGCUUUACGGGUGCUUUUAACUCACUAAAGCACCUCAGCCUUUUAUCUCAGUGAGCUCCAGGCCAAAGUCAAUGUCUGUUUUUCUGCUGCUUUGAGCCAUUCUUGUCAGCGCUCGUCUUUAUUUGAAGAAGUAGGCCGAUGUUUAGUUAUAUUAUCCGCUCUAGUUGUUUCACUGUUGUUUGGAUGUUCUUUUAUUUUUGUUUGACCCAAUUUAAGGUUUUGUAUAUGAACAUCAGUUAGUUUAUUAAGCACCUUACUUUACAUUAACUUUUUUUUGUGGGCUUCUCUGAAAUGUUUGUUUGCCACGUGAAGAGUCCCUUGAAUCCACUUUGUAUCUCUGGCCGUGGGAAUACACAGAAUGUGUCUACUGUCCAAUGGGGGAGCGGCACGGCAUCCUGACCUCUGAUGACCUCUAACCUCUGACCUCACAGCAGACUGGGUUUAAAGGGAAUUUGCGACUGUUAGUCAAACCAUUAGAACAGCCACACCUUCCUUUUAAGAUCUUGUCUGCUGCUCUAUCCUGCCUCCGCCAAGCCUUCUAACCUGCCUCAACUGAGCCAAGCCUUCUAACCUGCCUCAACUGAGCCAAGCCUUCUAACCUGCCUCAACUGAGCCAAGCCUUCUAACCUGCCUCAACUGAGCCAAUCCUUCUAACCUGUCUCAACUGAGCCAAGCCUUCUAACCUGUCUCAACUGAGCCAAGCCUUCUAACCUGUCUCAACUGAGCCAAGCCUUCUAACCUGUCUCAACUGAGCCAAGCCUUCUAACCUGCCUCAACUGAGCCAAGCCUUCUAACCUGUCUCAACUGAACCAAGCCUUCUAACCUGCCUCAGCUUUCCAACCUGCCUCAGCCAAGCCUCUACCUCCAACCUGUCUCAGCCAAGCCUCUAACUCUAACCUGCCUCAGCCUUGUCCAAGCCUUCUAACCUGCAUCUGCCUCAGCCAAGUCUUCUACCCUGCCUCAACGAAGCCUCUACCUCCAACCUGUCUCAGCCAAGCCUCUAACUCUAACCUGCCUCAGCCUUGUCCAAGCCUUCUAACCUGCAUCUGACUCAACCAAGCCUUCUAACCUGCUGCCUUGGCCCUGCUUUCUGUGUCCUGCCAUCACCUUUGCAGUCCUGUCAACUAGAAUCACUAUUCUCAACACAGGGGCAAAGGACUGAAUUACUUGUUUAUUUGGAGUUUAAUCCUUUGCCGCAAUCAGUUGUUUUCUCCAAUUGUAUUCUUUGAACUCUUCCGUACUAUCCUGCUGCUUUAGUUUAGUCCACCUUUCCCUCCAGUUCCCCACUUGUGGCCCAUUUACCAGGCCAGCCUUUGGGCUAAAUAUUAGCUCCAACCCCUCUCUUUGAUGUUUCACAGGUCUCUCCUUAACUUAACUCUCCUCUAAGGGCAGUGAAUUAUACAGGAGGGCCUACUCUCUUCCUUUCUGUUAGGAUAUAACAGUAGAAUCCCCAUGGCCCAUAAUUCAUUUGGACCACUAUUACACUACUGCAUCUCUGUAUCCCAAAUGGCAUCAUAUUCCUUAUUUAGUGCACUACUUUUAACCAGAGCCCUUUGAACCCUGCUCAAAACUAGUGCACUACACAGGGCAAAGGGGUGCCAUUUGGAGCGCAAAAAAAAAUGUGUUGGCAGUUCACACACGUCAUGGGGGAGGGUGGGGGAGGGUGGGGGAGGGUGGGGGAGGGACUGCCUCACUGACUGGUUUGUCAUGCAGAGGACGGUUGGAAUAAAACUCAUGAAUAUUUUAAUGUUUUUAGAAACUUCCAGGUUUGCUUCUGCAGGCUGAAAAAUAUUAUUACAGCCGGGGACAGGUAUAGAUCAAACUAUUCGAAGUUGCAGGGUUUGCAAUUAUUUUUGCAGUCCAAAGAUAGAUGGUAUUUAAACAGCUUGCUGGAGUAGGAUCCCUUGGGUUAGAAGUAAAGUUACUAACACUGUUGACUAAAUAAUGUAUGUUUAUAGUAAUAAUAAUGUUUGUUUGUGGUUCAGUCUUCAUGAAAAUAUGAUGUGGCGUUUAUUGAUACAGGUGUGUUGAUUAAAUAGAGAAAGAUGUUAGAGUGUCAGUGUGAGAGAGAGAGAGAGAGAGAGAGAGAGAGAGAGAGAGAGAGAGAGAGAGAGAGAGAGAGAGAGAGAGAGAGAGAGAGAGAGGAGAGAGAGAGAGAGAGAGAGAGAGAGAGAGAGAGAGAGAGAGAGAGAGAGAGAGAGAGAGAGCACGCAUGCACGCCCCCCAUCUUCUCCGCGUCCAAAUGUGUUUUCACCACAGGCAUUUAUCAUUCAUUCAUGCCACAGAGCUUUUACCGUAUAACUCCCUGAUGUAACACACGGCAGCAGACCAGCUGCAUGGAACUGUGGGUGGUGGUGGCAGGAGGAUAAAACACAGACCGGUGCAUUAUGUAGUGGGAUAGAGACAGAGUUCAGAUAAGCAGAGAGGAGUCAGAUGUACAGUGUACAGUACAGGACAAUGUUAGAUCAUUGAAACGAGCUCAUGCACAUCGUCUUUCCCUUUGAAAGCACCAGUUCGUCAUUAGCUGGUUUUAAGCAGCAGCUUUUUUUUUGGUCACUUACAUUACAUUUCCUAUACAUGCCACUGUACCAGGCAUCCUAAAUGAGAGAUGGUGGAAGUGUAUUUCACUGUUGGGAAGGGAGAGAUGUAUUGUAAGUAUUUUUGAUUAGUGGGUGUUUGGACCUUAAUGUACUGUAGGCUGCGUUAAGUUCUCCUCCUCGGUUCUGUACUUGCUCUCCACAGAACACAUUGUAUUAACACUGUAGAUAAUAUUUCUACGCUGUAUGCACACAUGGCUGUAAGUCAUGUAAGUCGCUUUGGAUAAAAGCGUCUGCUAAACGGCAUAUUUUGUAUAUUGUACUGUGUGCUAUUAUGUUGGCUAUACAGUAGUAGUUAUCCUGGACAAGAUGUUCCAUGACCGUCUCAAAUCUUUUACUUUUAAAAAUGGUAUACUGUAAAACUGCUAUUCCUUGUGGCAGCGAGACAUCCACCCACACAUGGCUAAAGAGAAUGUAUUUCUCAGCCUCCAGAGAAGUCUGCUGGAUAUGGACAAAUCGUUCUGUUUUUGCAAUUCUGAUGGAUUUCCUCAGACUGACUGUCCAACUAGAGCUGAGCCGAACAGCAAGCAGGGAAUUGUCAGCAAAUGCGGUGUUUCGGUUAUCUUGUCUGUGCCAUGCACAUUUAAUUGUCUCUCGUCCAAUGGUCUCCUUGUGUCUUUCUGCCCUGUGUGACUGGAUUAGCAGACUGCAGACUAGAGAAUAAUGUUGUACAAGAAGUGGCACUGUUGCUGUGACACUGAAUAAACCCAAUGCAUUAUACACAGUUUGAAUAAUGAUCAACUGCUUUGUUUGAGGGCGUCAGAUUGGUUUGUGAUGGAUUUUAAUAUUUCAUCAGUCCUCUUCAGAACGUUUUUUUUUGUUAGCAAAACACAUUGAAGAAAGACAACUACCGGUAUGAGCAUUUAAUGACUAAAGCUUUGCCCAUGUAAGAACUCAAAAACACCUUGUCAGAAUAAUAUCACAUGAAAUCUAUUUCUUUCUUUGUCACUGUUUGUUCUCCAUAGGCUGCUAAGCUUCCAAUGUCUAUCAUCAUUGUCGGAGUCGGCCAAGCUGAGUUUGAUGGUGAGAUUGACCCCCCUCAUAAUGCUUUCAUGAUAUUUAUAUUUUGUUGUUUUUAUUCUUAAUUAGCAGAUAGCAAUGUCAAGUAAAUUUUACAUUUACAGCAUUUAGCAGAUGCUCUUAUCCAGAGCGACUUACAGGAGCAAUUAGGGUUAAGUUCCUUGCUUAAGGGCACAUCGCCAGAUUUUUCACCUAGUCGGCUCAGGGAUUAGAACCAGCGACCUUUUGGUUACUGGCACAACUCUCUUACCCACUAAGCUACCUGCCGCCCGUAUACCAAACAUUUGGAACACCUUCCUAAUAUUGAGUUGCACACCUCCCCCCUUUCACCCUCAAAACAGCCUCAAUUCGUCUGGGCAUGGACUCUACAAGGUGUCAAAUGCGUUCCACAGGGAUGCUGGCCCAUGUUGACGUCAAUGCUUCCCACAGUUGUGUCAAGUUGACUGGAUGUCCUUUGGGUGGUGGACCAUUCUUGAUACACACAGGAAACUGUUGAGCGUGAAAAACCCAGCAGCGUUGCAGUUCUUGAUACAAACUGAUGUGCCUGGCGCCUGGCACCUACUACCAUACCCUGUUUAAAGGCACUUAAAUAUUUUGUCUUGCCCAUUCACCCACUGAGGGCACAUCGUCUCAAUUGUCUCAAGGCUUAAAAAUCCUUCUUUAACCUGUCUCCUCCCCUUCAUCUACACUGAUUGAAGUUGAUUUAACAUAAAUAAGGGAUCAUAGCUUUCACCUGCAUUUAAAAAGCAGGUGUUCAUAAUGUUUUGUAUACUCAGUGCAUGGUUUUUAGUGGGGAAAUGAACAUUUAUUUAAAAUAGACUUUUGUAAGCUGCUGCUGGUCAGAAAGAGUAUUAUUUCACUAUGGGGCACAGAGAAAGAAAACACAUUCACACAAUGUCUAAGUCCUUGACACAUGCUGAGGACAUAACGACUCAUACAUUCGCAUAAAUAAUCAACAGAACUCAAAUAAGAAAGCCCUCUGUGAAAUACGCUGUGUUCUGUCUUUGAAUGUACUGUAAAUAAUGCAAUAGAAUUCAGGUAGGAGGUUAUAGCGGGCAGUUUCAGUGUGACUGAUCUUAGCUAAUAUUCAGUUUGGUGGAAUUCCGUAGUUAAUGAGUAGAUGUCAAACGGCAGGGUUCUAAAACCAAUUCACAGCUGUUGCAUACAAUGAAGGGUCACUCACCCAGACAGUAGAGGGUUAAACUGGUGUUAUAAGCCACUGUGAAGGGUCACUCACCCAGACAGUAGAGGGUUAAACUGGUGUUAUAAGCCACUAUGAAGGGUCACUCACCCAGACAGUAGAGGGUUAAACUGGUGUUAUAAGCCACUAUGAAGGGUCACUCACCCAGACAGUAGAGGGUUAAACUGGUGUUAUAAGCCACUAUGAAGGGUCACUCACACAGACAGUAGAGGGUUAAACUGGUGUUAUAAGCCACUAUGAAGGGUCACUAACCCAGACAGUAGAGGGUUAAACUUGUGUUAUAAGCCACUAUGAAGGGUCACUCACCCAGACAGUAGAGGGUUAAACUGGUGUUAUAAACCACUAUGAAGGGUCACUCACCCAGACAGUAGAGGGUUAAACUGGUGUUAUAAACCACUAUGAAGGGUCACUCACCCAGACAGUAGAGGGUUAAACUGGUGUUAUAAACCACUAUGAAGGGUCACUCACCCAGACAGUAGAGGGUUAAACUGGUGUUAUAAACCACUAUGAAGGGUCACUCACCCAGACAGUAGAGGGGUUAAACUGGUGUUAUAAGCCAUUAUGCAGGGUCACUCACCCAGACAGUAGAGGGUUAAACUGGUGUUAUAAACCACUAUGAAGGGUCACUCACCCAGACAGUAGAGGGUUAAACUGGUGUUAUAAACCACUAUGAAGGGUCACUCACCCAGACAGUAGAGGGUUAAACUGGUGUUAUAAACCACUAUGAAGGGUCACUCACCCAGACAGUAGAGGGUUAAACUGGUGUUAUAAACCACUAUGAAGGGUCACUCACCCAGACAGUAGAGGGUUAAACUGGUGUUAUAAGCCACUAUGAAGGGUCACUCACCCAGACAGUAGAGGGUUAAACUGGUGUUAUAAGACACUAUGAAGGGUCACUCACCCAGACAGUAGAGGGUUAAACUGGUGUUAUAAGCCACUAUGAAGGGUCACUCACCCAGACAGUAGAGGGUUAAACUGGUGUUAUAAACCACUAUGAAGGGUCACUCACCCAGACAGUAGAGGGUUAAACUGGUGUUAUAAGCCACUAUGAAGGGUCACUCACCCAGACAGUAGAGGGUUAAACUGGUGUUAUAAACCACUAUGAAGGGUCACUCACCCAGACAGUAGAGGGUUAAACUGGUGUUAUAAGCCACUAUGAAGUGUCACUCACCCAGGCAGUAGAGGGUUAAACUGGUGUUAUAAGCCACUAUGAAGGGUCACUCACCCAGACAGUAUAGGGUUAAACUGGUGUUAUAAGCCACUAUGAAGUGUCACUCACCCAGACAGUAGAGGGUUAAACUGGUGUUAUAAGCCACUAUGAAGGGUCACUCACCCAGACAGUAGAGGGUUAAACUGGUGUUAUAAGCCACUAUGAAGGGUCACUCACCCAGACAGUAUAGGGUUAAACUGGUGUUAUAAGCCACUAUGAAGGGUCACUCACCCAGACAGUAGAGGGUUAAACUGGUGUUAUAAGCCACUAUGAAGGGUCACUCACCCAGACAGUAGAGGGUUAAACUGGUGUUAUAAACCACUAUGAAGGGUCACUCACCCAGACAGUAGAGGGUUAAACUGGUGUUAUAAGCCACUAUGAAGUGUCACUCACCCAGACAGUAGAGGGUUAAACUGGUGUUAUAAGCCACUAUGAAGUGUCACUCACCCAGACAGUAGAGGGUUAAACUGGUGUUAUAAGCCACUAUGAAGGGUCACUCACCCAGACAGUAGAGGGUUAAACUGGUGUUAUAAACCACUAUGAAGGGUCACUCACCCAGACAGUAAAGGGUUAAACUGGUGUUAUAAGCCACUAUGAAGUGUCACUCACCCAGACAGUAGAGGGUUAAACUGGUGUUAUAAACCACUAUGAAGGGUCACUCACCCAGACAGUAGAGGGUUAAACUGGUGUUAUAAGCCACUAUGAAGUGUCACUCACCCAGGCAGUAGAGGGUUAAACUGGUGUUAUAAGCCACUAUGAAGGGUCACUCACCCAGACAGUAGAGGGUUAAACUGGUGUUAUAAGCCACUAUGAAGUGUCACUCACCCAGACAGUAGAGGGUUAAACUGGUGUUAUAAGCCACUAUGAAGUGUCACUCACCCAGACAGUAGAGUUUUAAACUGGUGUUAUAAACCACUAUGAAGGGUCACUCACCCAGACAGUAGAGGGUUAAACUGGUGUUAUAAGCCACUAUGAAGGGUCACUCACCCAGACAGUAGAGGGUUAAACUGGUGCCUCUUUUUCUCUUCUGUGCAGCCAUGGUGGAGCUUGACGGUGAUGACAUCAGAAUCUCCUCACGAGGGAAGCUAGCAGAGAGAGACAUUGUACAGGUAGAGCUUACUUCCCCUUCUGACCAUAACACACACACUGAUGGGGGGGGGGGGGACUCAUGUCACAGAACAGUCACAUCAUUAUAGGAAGGUGCCAUUUGUGAAAAAUCCCACACCCCUAUUCACCCCCUUUCCCAGCAAUCUGACAUAGUUUCACUUGACGAAAUUGUUCUGAAUUUAAAUAACAGUAAACAUUGUCACCCAUUUGCCAUUUGAGCGUUUGCAUUGUUCAAGUUAUAAACAGAUCAAAGUGCUAUAGAAACGCUACCUCUCUCUCUGUCCCCAUAUAGUUUGUCCCGUUCAGAGACUACAUGGACCGGACAGGGAACCACGUGUUGAGUAUGGCCCGGCUAGCCAAAGAUGUCCUGGCUGAGAUCCCUGAUCAGCUCAUCCUCUACAUGAAGAAUAGAGGUAUCAAACCCUGCCCCCUGCCUCCACCCUAUGAGGAACCAGGCCCUGAAGACCAGGACCACACCCAGACCACCCCUAUCUGA